AAUAUUUGGGGCACAAAUGUAAUUAUUCAAAAAAGUGGAGAAAGAAAAGGGGCCGACUUUCAACUUUCAACUUCCAAGUGAUUUCUACCUGAAAAGAAUCAAAUUCAAUCAAAGUGACAGCAAAUCGAAGUCGGAUGACCACCAACUCUGAGAAAUGAGGAGCAGAUUAUGUGAAAAAAGCUAAAAUUAACGAUGUCGAGACCGUGGGUACUGGUUUUUCUUCUCUUGUUGAUUGUAUUUACCUCGCAGUUUGAGUGGAAGCAGCAAUUUGGGAAUGAGAUUGAAGCGACUCCAACCAUUUCCCGGAAGGAUCAAAUUAAUUCGAAAAGGGAGGAAGCUGUCAAAGAAAAGAUCAUCCUGUCUCAAGAAAAGAAUAUUCAGAAACUUAAUGAGCUAGUCCAGAGUCUUCGAGAACAAUUGCUACAAUGUAGAAGUGAAAACAUUGUUGCAAAUGGCACAGCAAUCCCUUUGACUGAACAUUUAAAUGAGCUUGAGCAGCAAGCAAUAUUGGACUAGAGAUGGAUCCGUUUAACAUCAAUAAGUUUGGUGAGUAGAUAUUGUGCUGUUUUGGAGGAGAUUGAAGGGCUGCUGACUCCCGUGAAAAUUGUAAUCUGAAUACAUAAAAGUAAUAGGGCAAAACAUUAUAUUAGCGUUUUAAAUAAGUCUUAGUUGAGUUAAGCAGAGUGUAUACUUGUGUUGUUCUUCAGCAAGAACAUUGAAUGUUAAAUUCAUGGAGUAGUAUCACAACAAUGACAUCAACUUCGCUUUUGCAA